CUACAAGUAUGCUUGGUUCCAAGUUAGCUCUUUUGAUGGUUCUCUUGGCUGUGGGUGUUGCCAAUGCUCAAACUUCAAACAGAAAACCCAAGAGUUGGAAGAUCGAUUUUGUGGAUGCUCAAGGCACUUUGACCUCAGAAAGCGGCUACGGAGAACGUGAAUGUACCACUGUUACUUCGGGUGAACUUCCAAAGGACUGGACAAAGUAUAAUGGCCCUGCUCCUGGCAACGUCAAAAAUACAUGCUGCAUUCAACAAUACAGUGAUGCUGGCUGCAAAGCUCAAAUAAACAACAUCUGUGCACUUCAAAAGUCGUUGAAGAAGACAUCAUCGUAUUAUAAAAUCGUGAACUGCUAACUAUGGCCAUUGCCAUUUAGCCAUAUAAAAUCACAGAAUAAAUUGGGGACAAAAUAUACA